UAAAAAAAAUACAAAAUGCAGAGUACCAAAAUGAACAGUUCAUAUCAAGGGGGUGUACCCGACGAUGAUUAUGAUGUAUUUCAAACAUUGUCUACAACAAUUGGAAGCAAUAUAAAGAAGAUAUCACAAAAUGUGUCAUCCAUGUCAAAAAUGGUUAAUCAAUUGCAAACACCGCAAGAUUCACAAGAACUUCGGAAACAGCUGCGUCAGAUACAGAACUACACACAGAAACUUGCCAAAGAUACUUCAAUCAUGCUGAUGGAUCUAAUGAAAAUGCCUGUGGAUAAACCAGAUCAGAAGCUAAACAGAGACAGGCUAAGUGAUGAAUAUAUGGCUACACUAAAUGCUUUUCAGGCAACCCAAAGAACUGCAGCCCAAAAGUCAAAAGAGGAUAUCAGAAAAGUUAAAGCACAGAAUUUUAACAUUGGUGAUGCUUUCGCUGUUGGUGGAAACAAGGAGUUGCUGGAAUUGGGCGACCCACCAAAGAAACAGGAGCAAAUGACUAUGCAGUCAGAGCGAGAACUAAUGGAACUUGAACAGCGUGAGAGUGAUAUAAGACAAUUGGAGAGUAACAUAAUGGAUGUCAACCAAAUAUUCAAGGAUCUCGGCACUAUGAUACAUGACCAAGGUACCGUGGUGGACUCUAUUGAAUCAAAUGUAGAGUGUACAUUGCAAAAUGUUGAAAAUGCCACACAGGAAUUGAGUACCGCUGCUACAUACAAGAAUAAGCUGCGUAAGAAGAAAGUCUACCUGACGUUGAUACUCAUAAUAGUGAUAUCUAUUAUUUUUAUUAUUAUUUUCCAUAACUAGUUCUGUUAGUAGUAAAUCGUAUAUUUAUUAGGUAUAUGUCGGAGUGACGAGUCUGUCAGCUGUCAUUGGUGAUUGAACAGUCCAGUAAUGUUGGCAAAUCAAACAAAUAAACUACUCAUAUUAUUAUUUUUUUUGGCUUAAAUUUGUGCCAACUGGGCACAAGGCAGUGUUCACAACCUGAAGCCAGGCAACUAUCGUGCCAGGGACGAAAAAUUAUCGUACAUUCAUAAAAAUUAUCGUACAAGUCAGGAAAAUGGAUAAAAUACUUUUAAAAAUCAUAUAAAACGUGACAACAAUAUGUUGGAAAUGAUUUAUAAUUUAAAUCUUGUAAAUUUGUGUUUUUUAAAUUGAAAAAAUAAUAAUUCAAAUUAAAUAUUCGACGUAUGGCAAGACCUGAGCGGGGAGUGGACGAGGGCACUUCGAAUGUGAUGAACGUGCCAACAUUUCGAAUUUAUAAUUCGAAUUGAACAACAGUAACAACCAAUGAAAGGAUUGCGCCAUGAAGCAACGGCAUGUGAUCCUAAUAAAACAAUGAGGCAAUAGAUGGCACUAACACUAAAAAACUGUAAUUAUUAUAGGGCUAUCUGUGUAAUCAUCAAAUUUUUCAUGAGAACGGAAAUUAUCGUACAAUCUGCGUACGUUAGUCGAGUACCAUCGUACAUCGUACGUAGCUAUGAAAUUAUCGUACAUGUACGAUAAUUAUCGUACGGUUGAGAACACUGGGGCACACGAGUGUGAUGAACGUGUUACGUGCCUACAUUUCAAAUUUAUAAUUCGAAUUGAACAACAGUAACAACCAAUGAAAGGAUUGCGCCAUGAAGCAACGGCAUGUGAUCCUAAUAAAACAAUGAGGCAAUAGAUGGCACUAACACUAAAAAACUGUAAUUAUUAUAGGGCUAUCUGUGUAAUCAUCAAAUUUUUCAUGAGAACGGAAAUUAUCGUACAAUCUGUGUACGAUAGUCGAGUACCAUCGUACAUCGUACGUAGCUAUGAAAUUAUCGUACAUGUACGAUAAUUAUCGUACGGUUGAGAACACCGGGGCACACGAGUGUAAUGAACGUGUUACGUGCCUACAUUUCAAAUUUAUAAUUCGAAUUGAACAAUAGUAACAACCAAUGAAAGGAUUGCGCCAUGAAGCAACGGCAUGUGAUCCUAAUAAAACAAUGAGGCAAUAGAUGGCACUAACACUAAAAAACUGUAAUUAUUAUAGGGCUAUCUGUGUAAUCAUCAAAUUUUUCAUGAGAACGGAAAUUAUCGUACAAUCUGCGUACGAUAGUCGAGUACCAUCGUACAUCGUACGUAGCUAUGAAAUUAUCGUACAUGUACGAUAAUUAUCGUACGGUUGAGAACACUGGGGCACACGAGUGUAAUGAACGUGUUACGUGCCUACAUUUCAAAUUUAUAAUUCGAAUUGAACAACAGUAACAACCAAUGAAAGGAUUGCGCCAUGAAGCAACGGCAUGUGAUCCUAAUAAAACAAUGAGGCAAUAAAUGGCACUAACACUAAAAAACUGUAAUUAUUAUAGGGCUAUCUGUGUAAUCAUCAAAUUUUUCAUGAGAACGGAAAUUAUCGUACAAUCUGCGUACGAUAGUCGAGUACCAUCGUACAUCGUACGUAGCUAUGAAAUUAUCGUACAUGUACGAUAUUUAUCGUACGGUUGAGAACACUGGGGCACACGAGUGUGAUGAACGUGUUACGUGCCUACAUUUCAAAUUUAUAAUUCGAAUUGAUUAACAGUAACAACCAAUGGAAGGAUUGCGCCAUGAAGCAAUAGCAUAUGAUCCUAGUAAAACAAUGAGCCAAUAGAUGGCACUUACACUAAAACUGUAAUUAUUAUUAGGCUAUCUGUGUAAUCAUCAAAUUUUUCAUGAGAACGGAAAUUAUCGUACAAUCUGCGUACGAUAGUCGAGUACCAUCGUACAUCGUACGUAGCUAUGAAAUUAUCGUACAUGUACGAUAAUUAUCGUACGGUUGAGAACACUGGGGCACACGAGUGUGAUGAACGUGUUACGUGCCUACAUUUCAAAUUUAUAAUUCGAAUUGAUUAACAGUAACAACCAAUGAAAGGAUUGCGCCAUGAAGCAAUAGCAUAUGAUCCUAGUAAAACAAUGAGCCAAUAGAUGGCACUUACACGAAAACUGUAAUUAUUAUUAGGCUAUCUGUGUAAUUAUCAAACUUUUCAUGAGCACGGAAAUUAUCGUACAAUCUGCGUACGAUAGCCGCGUACCAUCGUACAACGUACGUAGCUAUGAAAUUGUCGUACGUGUACGAUAAUUAUCGUACGGUUGUGAACACUGGCACAAGAUACUUCGCCAGUGUCGUGUAGAUGGAGAAGGCACGACUCAUAUUACUUAUCGGAUUUAACAGAUGUCAGACAGACAGACUGACGUUGAUAAUUUAUGAACUCUGCUACUUAUGACAAUGACAGCUGACAGUAACGCCAUAACUUCGACAUAUACCAUUUGUUAGUAUAUUAAAUUUCACUGAUGUAUAAUUUGCUCCUUGUUAUAUUAAUAACGUGUUCUAACUUACAAAAUAGUAGGUGGUUCUGUUCUUAGCUCACUGUCUAUAUUUUAUUCAAGAAGCAUCCACAUUAGUUCACGCUGUUUUAUUUAAUUGCAUUCAACUAUAUUUUAUUAUUUGAAUAAUUUAUUCAUUUACCUUCUGUCUUGGUCUGGAAAUUUUAUUUUUUUAUAGGUUUUAUUUGACUUUAGAGUCACGAUAUGAAUGAAGAAUUUGAAUAUUUUUAUGUAAAUUCUGAUGUAAAGUUUUUGCAGAAUUAUUUUACUAUUGACUAUAGUUUUAUCAAGAGAUUAUCACAGAAGUGAAAAACGACUACGUACGUUCGUGAGUCCACCUUAACCAAUUUUCGCACUCCGAUAUAAGGGUGAUGUAAUAAUUUUCUUUAAUCUUUUUUUAUUUGAUGUUGUAAAUAAAUAUUCAGUGUAUUCAUUCCAUUUGAUGUAUAUAUUUCUUAAAUUAUUACUUAUUCUUUCUAAGAAUACCUGGCCGAGUGUCUUCUGCGUGCGACUGAUCUCCGACGACGAUAUUUCUCAGGUACAUAAGGCUGAUCACCUACUUGCCUAUUUGAAAAAAAAUCACAACGGAAUAGUUACAUAAAUCUAACGGCCAGAACUGAAAAAUUGUAGCGGUUUUUUUAUAUAUUCUUGAUGUAUAAUUUAACAUAGAUUCAAGUAUUUUAUCGUAUUAAACAAUUGUUUUGUAUAUUGUUAAAUUAUAAGAUAUAUAGACUCGUGUUUACUAAAUAUGUUAGUUUUUCAACUAACAUUGUAUUAAUCAUAUUUUAAUUACAUGAACACGCAUUAAGCUUUUUGAAGAAUUAAUUUGUGUAUUAAAUGUUUACAUGUAUAUUCUGCUGACUGUACCUACUUAUAUAGAUUUAAGCAAUAUUUAUAAGCAGCUGAUGUAUUUUUUAUAUGAAUCCGAUUUGUAUAUGUGAACGAUUUUUUUUUUCAUUUAACCAUGUUGCAAUAAAUGCCUAAACGCAUGUAAUUUGUAUUUAGUUUUUAAAAGGUGCAUCUAGGUAUUUCUUUGUAUGUAAUAAAACUAUAUUGUAUUUUA